AUGCUCUUUCAGCGACUUUCCCUCUUCUUCGCACUUGCAGCCUUCGCCGUGUUGAUGUCCGUGCAAGCAAGGCCGUUGCCUGAGAAAUCGGCCAUAGUCCGUCAGGAUACGUACCUGGUUAAGCGGUCGAAUGAGAAUGCAGAAGUCGAUGAUAGUGACCCAGACGGUCAGGACUUCGUGUCUUCAUUGAGCCAUGGCUCACAUGCCCGCCUUAGACUCCUUACGGGCGAACCACUAACUGAUUACCGACUGGGCAAGGAUGUUGCUGUACUUCUCGUAAAAGUAAAGCCUUUCACUCUGCUAGUGUUUCUCAAAAUGGGUUUAUCCAUUGCUGCAAAAACGAUGGAACUGAUAGCGAACAUUGGGUGCGGCGAUGGGUUCCCGUUCCUUCCAUUCGCUCAUCAUGCGGUCAAGAUUUCGAAGCCUUCGCUCUCGGCGCUGUUCUACGAUGGAGAAGCACGGGUCUUCAGUUUGUCUCCAAAUGCAGUUCUCGCCGCGUCGAAUGUUGGCUUCCUCGUCACAAUGGAGGUCAUCGCCCGGAUUCGUGACCUUCGUUUAAACUACAACAUUGUUGUAUCCGUGUUUCCCUUCAGGCUCGAGGAGCUCAGAUACCAUGAGAUCUCCAGUCUCGUCGGAUGGCUUCUUUUCAUCUACCUCUUGCUUAUGGAGGCGCCGACGUUCUGGGUGAUGUGCCUUGGUCGGCUGUUCGAGGGAAUAAGCACUGCAGCAAUCUUGAUCGCCGGGUUGGCACUUAUCUGCGACGCGACACCAGAAAAGGAUAUCGGAGGGCAGCUCGGGGUCGCCAUGAUCGGUGUGCCUCUUGGUUCACUUGUUGGUCCGCCCGUGGGAGGCGCGCUCUACGCACGAUGGGGCUAUCGUGCCCCAUUCAUUUUUGCCAUACUGUUCACAAUAUUCGACUUCACGGCCCGGCUUCUCGUCAAGGACAACUUCGAGGGCUCGCACAAACAAGAAAAACAAGUCGCCGGCCAAGCGGACUCAGAAGCCGGCAAAGAAUCUGCAGCUACAGCGAAUGAGAACUCUGCAUUCGUGCCAACGGAUGUCCUUGCCACCGAGGGCCCCAAAAUCGAACUGUCGAUGGUGGGCGUCGUGGUCCGGCUUCUGACGUCUGUGCGGGCGCUAGUGGCUCUGAUCAUAGUUUUCUUCUGCUCUGUUGCGUUUGCUGCACUAGAUGUCACCAUACCGCUCCGUCUGCAGGCCAUCUGGGGGUACAAUUCUACAAAAGUGGGGCUGGUGUAUCUUGCAGCGAUUAUUCCGACGAUUAUAUCUAAUGCCUCGGCUGGCGUAUUGAGCGAUCGCUUCGGGCCAUCUCUGGUCGCCGUGGUCUUGCUGGUAGCGGGGAUCCCAUGGUGGGGUCUGCUCACCCUCAAAUUCUCCGUGGCUUUCUUCAUUGUGUCUUUUGCCAUCGAGAGUAAGAUGGUCGCCUUCGUCAUGCUGAUCUAUGCUGAACUCUUCUGCGUAGAUCUCUUCAUCGCGGCUGUGGCAUCUCCACUCACAGCAGAACUGGCCGCCAUCACGCGGAAGAUAGACGGUGUUGGUUAUGCACAUACCUACGGGACGUUCAACAUCGUCUUCGGAGUUGCGAAUGCUGUUGGUUCGGUCAUGGGUGGACAGAUUUACAGUCAUUCGCCCAUUGGCUGGGACAUUCUGUGUUACAUCAACAUCGGCAUUCUCUCGCUCUGCCUUUUCCUCACCCUCGCAUUCGUCGGGGAACGUCCGCUGCUGCAUGCAUGGAGACGCCGAGAGAAGGACAAUGCGUCGCUCGGCGACACGUCAGAUCCAGAGAAGAACACGGAACCCGCGUCCCUGUCGGACAAGACAAAAGAUGUGGCAGUUGUCGACGAAGUGCUCCUACAUUCGUAUACAUUGCACGCUCUGCGCCUCAGACACUCACAGCAGGUUAAGCACCUGCCCGUCAAUCCCGAAGGCGAGUCCAUUCGCCUCACCAAAGACCAACUCUACCAGGGUCUGCUAGUGAAGGCUCGUGAGCCAAGCCGCUUCGUGUCGGCCAUCUCGACCUGCAAGGUCUUGCGCGAAAACACAACAGGGCUCCUGCGUGAGGUGCAGUUCAAGGGACACCCUGCGCCCGUGCACGAAGACGUGACGUACUACCCGCCCGCACAGCUCACCUUCAUGAUGACAGAUCCUGCGACCGGCGCGCACCGCGCGCAGAUCACGAACCUCAUCAGCACAAUGCCAACAACGCGUGGUCCGGAGCUCGUCCUCACAUUCGCAUUCGCAUGGGGCCCGGUCGGUGAGCUGGACACGGGCGCGGACGCGGAUGCGCUCGAGCAUGAGCGACGAGAAAUGGCGGAAGAGGCGAUUGCGCACACGUUGAACGUCAUACGGGAGAUGGUAAAGAACCAGGAGAUUCAAUGA